GCCCCGCGCCCCCGGCUCCGGCUCCGGUCCCGGCCCCGGCCCAUGGCGGCCCAGUGCUGCUGCCGCAAGGGACCGGGGGCCGCGGGGCCCGAGUCUGCAGCGGCGGCGGCUGCUUCCGCGGCGGCCGCGGCCCCGGCGGCCGCCCCGGACGUGGCCUCGGCCGCCAGCUCGCAGCUCUUCCGCCUGCGCCAUCUGCAGCUGGGGCUCGAGCUGCGACCGACCGCGCGGGAGCUGGCCGGCUGCCUGGUGCUGGAGCUGUGCGCGCUGCGGCCCGGGCCCCCGGCGCUCGUGCUCGACGUGCACCCCGCCGUGCGCCUGCACUCGGCCGCCUACCGGCCCGCGGCGCCCGGCCAGCCGCCCUGCGCCUUCGCCUUCCCUGCGCCCGGGUCCCCACCCCCUCCCACCUUCCCGGGCGCGCCGCCGGGGCCCUGCCACCCUCUGCUCUUCCGGGUGGAGCCCUUCACGGACUACGGCUCGUCGCUGACCAUCAGCCUCCCCGGCGCGCUGCAGCCCCACCAGCCCUUCCACUCGGUGCGCUACCCAGCACGCCCCCCCGUGAUCUGGUGGCUGGACCCCGAGCUGACCUACUCCAACUCCAAGCCAUUCGUCUUCACCCAGGGUCACUCCGUGUGCAACCGCUCCUUCUUCCCCUGCUUCGACACGCCCGCGGUGAAGUGCACUUACUCCGCCACCGUCAAGGCUCCCGCCGGGGUCCAGGUGCUGAUGAGCGCCACCCAAAGUGCCUACCUGGAGAAGGAGGGCGUGUACCAGUUUCACAUGGAGUACCCAGUGCCCGCCUACCUGGUGGCACUGGUGGCAGGAGAGCUCGUGCCAGCCGACAUCGGGCCCAGGAGCCGAGUGUGGGCCGAACCGUGUCUCUUGUCGACGGCCACGAGCAAACUGUCGGGGCUGGUGGAGCAGUGGCUGAGCAUAGCCGAGAAGCUCUACGGGCCCUACCUGUGGGGCAGGGGUGUCCCAAGGGCAGCCCGAGGGCCCACCCUGACUGGCUCCCUCCGGGACUCCGGGGCCCAAACCCAGAAAUCCCGACUGAACGGCUCGGCCGCCUCUGUGGGAGGCCUCGUUCCCGAGGCCGUUCCUCACAGUAGCUUUGGGGGCAGCUUUCUCUCCGUCUGCUGCUCCUGGAGCACAGCAGGUGCAGGGCAAGAGCCGCCUGAGGGAGGGGGGGGGCAGGCCCUGGUGCCCGAGGCUCCCCGGCCUCUGCUGCCCUUCCUCCCCGCCUGCCCCCCCCACCGGGGUCUCGCCCACCAUCCACCCCUCCCUGCCCUAGGCGCCGCCUUCACGUGCCUGGAGACCGCGUUCCGCCUCGACGCUCUCCAUCGACAGAUGAAGCUCCUCGGGGAGGACAACCCGGUCAGCAAGCUGCAGGUCAAACUGGAGCCAGGGGUGAACCCCAGCAACCUCAUGAACCUGUUCACCUACGAGAAGGGUUACUGCUUCGUCUACUACCUGUCACAGCUCUGCGGGGACCCCCAGAACUUCGACUCCUUCCUCCGAGCCUACGUGGAGAAGUACAAGUUCAGCAGCGUGGUGGCCCAAGAUCUCCUGGAUUCCUUCCUGAAUUUCUUUCCCGAGCUGAAGGAACAGAGCGUGGACAGCAAAGCAGGGCUGGAGUUUGAGCGCUGGCUCAAUGCCACGGGUCCCCCGCUCGCCGAGCCAGACCUCUCCCAGGGCUCCAGCCUGACCAGGCCCGUGGAGACCCUCUUCCACCUGUGGACGGCGGAGCCCCUGGACCAGGCGGCCGCUUCGGCCAGCAGCAUCGACAUCACCAAGUGGAAAACGUUCCAGACGGUUCUCUUCCUGGACCGCCUCCUGGACGGGUCCCCGCUGCCCCAGGAGGUGGUGAUGAGGCUCUCCAAGUGUUACUCGUCGCUGCUGGACUCCAUGAAUGCCGAGAUCCGCAUCCGCUGGCUCCAGAUCGUCGUCCGCAACGACUACUACCCCGACCUCUACAAAGUCCGGCGCUUCCUGGAGAGCCAGAUGUCCCGCAUGUACACCAUCCCACUCUACGAGGAUCUCUGCACGGGGGCCCUCAAGUCCUUCGCUUUGGAGGUUUUCUACCAGACCCAGGGCCGACUGCACCCCAACCUUCGUAAAACCAUCCAGCAGAUCCUGGCCCAGGGCCUGGCCUCCCCCGCCCCCACGGACACCCCCCCUCUGGCCAUUGCCACGGACACGCCGGCGCUGCUGCUGGAGGACAAGCCCCCCGAAGCCACAAAUGGUGCCAUCUCUCUCAGGGACGUCAACGUGUCUGCCUAGCCCCGCUCUGGAGCGGCCCGGCCCCCGCUGGGAGGUGGGGGGCUGCCUGGCGGUUCCAGCCACCGAGCUGAAUGUGCCUUCCCGGCCCAUCCUGGAUGGGGCUCUGGGUCUUUCCGAGCGUGAGCCGGACGGGGUCCGGGAGUCACAGUGUCGGCCCUGCCGCGGGUGUCCCCGGCCCAGAGCGGGGGUCGUGGGCAGGGCUCCCGGAGGGGGCUCCUCGGUCCUCUGAAAAGUUCCCAGCAGCGACAGGCUUCUGUCAUGGGCGCUUGGCCCUUUACCUCAGGGCUCAGGGUUGCUUAGGGGCCGGGGGGAUUCUCAGCCCCUUGGGAAACAAGCAACCUCAUGACCACUUCCUGGGGUGGUGAAAAGCUAGGAGGGCGGCCCCCGUGAGCCCGGAGCCUCCGGCCUGCCCCGAGUUUGCACUUGGAGAGUCUGCAGGGGGGGCCCGGCCCCCGCCAUGGGGGCACAGCAGCCGAGAGCGACCCCCCUCCUCUGGCCGCUCCCGCAGGGACGCUCUCCCCGCCCGGCCCCUCCCUGACCUGACGACCACCACACUGUGCCUUACGUCUGCCCGAGAAGGCGUAGGAUGAGCCUUUUUCUAGUCACGCCCCUCAGCCCCCCGGGAGCCGAGGCUCCCGACUCCCUCCCCUCCAUUCCUGACUGUCCUUCGGGGUGAUUUAGAGGCAGGGGCCGGGGCCAGGCCCACGGAGCGGGGGUGGAAUGAGGGCCCUGGCAGAGAGGCUGCCCGCAGGAGGCGACUUUCCACCUUUCCCGCCCCCCAUGGGCAGCUAGCAAGGGGACGGCACCGCAGAGGAUCCCAGGGGGGGUUGGCAAGGAUAGCAGCCACCAGCCCAGCCCCAGAACCCAGCCCAGACAGGGAAGCUGCCCCAGGUGCAGCGGGAGGCAGGAGGAGCCUGGGCCUCCGGGAGUUUGAGCUCCAGGGAUGCCGCGGGGAGCCGCCCCUGCCUCUUCUCUCGUACCUCGGCUUUAGCCCGUCUGGGAGCCGGACUGCGGUGAAAGCAAUAAGACCCCCCCCCCCGCAAGUCCCCACAGGAUUCCUCCCCAGCCAUGCUACUCUCCCCUGACCCCCAACCCUCAACUCCCCCAACUUGCACCAACCCUGUGAUGACUGUUUGACUUCAUUCCCCUGUUAUAGGGAUAUCAUGUCAGGGAGGGGAACGUGCGACUCGGCCUUGCUGUUCCCCAUUGAAUAGAGACUUUGGGGGGAGGUGCAUCCUCCCCAGGCCCGGCCUUACCACUGAGGGGUCUAAGCCCCAGACACCACUGCAGGGGCCGUGCCCUGCCCGGAACCUUGACCUGCGGACCCUGCACCAGCCUAGGACUAAGGCAGCAAGAUUGGCAUGAGAGCCCCGGUCACCGUCCACUUCAGGGCCGCUCUGUGGCCUCCCACCCCUGGCCCGGCCCAUCCUACUCAGCAGCGGGAUCUGCGUCUCCUCGGGCGCCCGGUGGGGUGACUGUGGGCGCAGACUGGCGGCCAGCCCUGACCUGAGGGCAGGGGUCUGGCCCUGAGAACCGCCGCUUCCUCCUGGAGGAGGCUUAUGACCACUAAGACUGUGCAGCUGCUGCUUUGGGGGCCGGGGGCAGGAGGCAUGGGGAAGAUGGGAGGUGGGCAGCACCUGAGUGGGAGCUGCCCAUGCCCUGCUGCAGACCCCGGGCCCUGGGCCUGGCACCCUCCUGAGGGCAGGGGAUAGGCAGGAAGGGAAGGGUGAGAAGGGCCCAGGCUUCAGGGGGUGGCGGUGGCGAAGCUUCCGGCCACAGCGGAUGGCUCCAGGGUUUACAGAGCUAUGAGCUUUCCCCUCUUAAUUCCUCUUGGGAUUCCGGCAGGGCCAUAUACUUUCCUUAACCCUGCUUGUCCCAGACAGAAAGCCCCAAGAGUGCAAAAGCCCCUUGGUCUCAGCAUUGCCCUUCCAUUCCGGGUCAAACCUUUCAAGGGAGUGGGCUUUGCUGGUCCCUCUCUAUUCCAUCAAUUCCUACUAGACUGUAAGCUCCAAGAGGGCAGAGAUUGUGUCUUACCUAAAUUUUGUAUCUCCCACGGAAUCUAGUACCAUGUUCUGCACACAGUUGGUGCUUAAUAAAUGUUGAAUUAAACACUUUC